AGAUCCUCGCGAGAAGCUUGCACGAUGGGCACUCCGGUUGCAAGAGUACGACUUCACAAUCCAGCACGUGCCGGGGAAGGAGAACCACCUAGCUGAUUGGCUGUCAAGGCCAGAGGCUGAAAAUGAGGUCCCCAAGAUCAUGAUUGGAGCUAAUGUCCUCGUCGUCGAACUGGAUCCCGGAAAGUUGGUGCAACUCCAACGGCAGGAUCCGGUGUUACAAAAGGUUGCAGCCGCCUUGUUGGAUGGAAGAAACAUUGAGAACGGAGAGGGAGACAAGAUGAGUUAUGACAAUCCUAUCCUGCGGACAGCUCAGAGCGUUGACGCACCACCUGUAUCAGUCGUUCGAAAGGGACGCCAAACCGCGACUGCCCCUCCUUACACCCAAAAGCCACAUUGUGACGUAAACGAUCCCCCCGGCCUUCCAGUAUCCACAGAUUCUCGAGUUGCUUACCAUAACCUAGUAGAUGGGAUGAAUGGUCCUCGUUCCGUUCAGCUGGUGAAUGAAGAAGAAAAAUUAAACUUUGAUGAUUGUGAGAGUUUCGCCGCCGAAUUGGGCUGUCCAAUGGAUCAGCUACUCAAAGUCGUGGCCAUCGUGGGGAACACUGGCGAUGGGAAGUCAUACACUAUGAACCAUACCUUCUUCGAUCGUGCUGAGGUUUUCCUCACUUCAUCCUCACAAUGUACUUGUACUACCGGGGUUUGGGCUGCCUGCGCUCCGUCACAAAACUGCCUUGUGUUGGAUACAGAAGGCAAGUGUCUUCUGGGUACCACACUUAAUCAGAAUCAACAUCGUCGUCUACUGCUCAAAGUGUUCGCCGUGGCUGAUAUUGUCAUCUAUCUGACCAAGGCGCCACGUUUACAUGCGGACAUGUUCACUUUCCUUGCCGAUGCUAGUGAUUCGUUCGCUCAGCACUUCCGUCCCGAGCUCGAGACCCUGGCCAAACAGAAUCGUUUACCUUGGUCCCAUGGGCAACUAGGCCCAGCAGUCAUUGUGUUCCAAGAGACGCGGCACACAGAUCCUCUCGAUGGCCCGAAGGUCGAUGGCAAGCCCACACCAUAUCAUCGGAAUGAAGGUAGCAACCCACUAAAGGACAGUGAUGAAAACAAUCCUGUGACCAGCGUCCUCCAACAUCGAAUAGCCGAAAUGAAUCGCAACGUAGACUCAUUCUCCACUCUCGAAUACAUUGGGAUACAGACCACAGAUUGUGAGACUAAUUUUGAGCGCCUCAAACAGUCCAUCGCUCGGCUGCUAAAAGAUAAUUCUAUCCGUGCUCCACGUAAAUUGGAACAUAUAUUCUACAGCCUUCAAUCCCUGAAUGCCCAGUUUGCUGGAAGCAUCCGACCCAACGGGCAGUACACAUUUGUGGAGGAGUAUUUUACUUGUCCAGUCCAGUGUGACGUGUGUUCAAUCCGCUGUUGCCUCGGAGUUGGACACACGAAACAACCGCAUCAAGCUAGUAUGAACACUUCUGCUGACGGAUCCGAACGGAAAGCGAAUCCAGCGGGGUGCCGAUACGAUCCAUCCUUGAAAAAUAAGUUGUACUAUUGUAAGGAUUGUUAUGCGGAGGGAAAGAGGAAUAUGGUUGUUCCCAAAGCGGGUGAAUCUAUGUUGGAUGCUCCCCGAUACUUCUACUCAGGUUAUGUACUUGAGUGUAAGGUUCAUGGGACGAUCUAUCAAAGCCGAAAUCUGUGGUCUUCCAAUGAAGAGCCGGAGAGGACAGCACGAGUUCACUGGGAAGUUGUCCAUGUAUGGUCCGGUGAGAAGACCGUACUUCAGGGUAUCCAUACCUUCAGCCAGGUGCUCGUUGAUGGGGUGAAUUCAGUGACGAAGCACAUCACCGGUUUGGCCGCACCACCAGCUCGUUUCAUUGGUGAUUAUCUGGCGGACAGUAUGGCUCCUGACUACUGGGUACCGAACGCGAAUAUCCGUAACUGUGCUGUUUGUAACUUCAAAUUCCCCGAUCCGCUGGUUGACGGUGCCGACUUUGAUUUAGGGACCCGACCACAACAGCAGCAACAAAAACAGCAAGGCAAAGUAGAGUCUGAUGGUGGACGAUCGAGACCCAAAUCCAAGUCACAUCGUAGUUCCAUUGCUGCUCCCUCUUCGCGUGCGCCUCCUGUGCCGGACGAUAACACAGCAUCACACACAUCCCCGGAGCAUCACGCCUCCUCCGUCCCCGAUCUCAGCUCUUUGGAUGUUGCUAAACACCACUGUCGUAUGUGCGGUCGUGGAGUCUGCGGAGCCUGUUCCAGCAAACGUCUCCGCGUUCCAGGUUUUGGUCUUGAUCCAGUUCGAGUGUGUGAUGACUGUUUCGGUCGACACAAUGGCGGACCCAAAACAACCUCGAAAUCCGUAGCCAAGGAUAUCCAAGUCGAAAGUAACACUGGGUAUACCGGUCGUAGGGCCUUGGAACUCUGCUCGGCGGCCGUACGUUCAAUUACUCCCGUUGUGAAUUUUGUUACAGGUACUGCCAAAGAUUUUGCCCGUCCAGCUUACUGGACCCCGGAUAAUUUGUGUAAGUAUUGUGCUGUAUGUGACCAACCGUUCAAUGCGUCGCGUCUCAUUCACCACUGUCGUGCGUGUGGUCGUGGUGUGUGCGAGCCGUGCUCUGGGCACAGGAUGCCCGUCCCCUGGCGUGGACUGGACCUGCCACAUCGUGUCUGCAACGAAUGCUUCAAACCAGCAGUGCAGUAACACCACACAUCCUCACAAUUCCCGUGCAUUCCUCUGAAACACCUGAACAGCGUAACUAUUGCUGUUAGCGAAUCCAUUGUUCUGGUUGGUUUGAUUUGGGACUUUUUUCGUCCCCCGCCCCCCCCCCAUUCUUCAUUUCUAGAACUCGUUCGUAAUACGAAUUGAUUUUUGUAUUUCCACCAACCCAAAAGUAAGGCGGAGAGUGGAGUGUGAGUGAUUUUUUCUCAGCUGUGAUUUCCCCAAGCCUGAUGAAACAGCAGAGCGUGUGUACCAGCGCCGUUUUCUGUGUCAUUGCCCGCCCUCGUCGUACAACUCAACGUUUUUCACGGCACAUUGUUCGGAACUCACGUCACCAAUGUGUUUAGAAUCCGAACAGACACAUUUUGGAACUCAGUGCAUCAUUUCUCAUCACCUUUGCAUACCCAUCGGUCGAGAUUUCGGCUGAGCUUUAUUUUCUAUCAUCUUUGCCUUGUCAUUCAUCCCAACGAACUCGUAUAGUCAUUUUCAUUGACUUACCCCAUUGCCGGGUACGCUCUUUUAUUAGUAAUGUGUUUUUCAUUACUCUCAUUGUUGGGUUAAAUCAUCUGGACUAUUUUUCUGUUUGUUUCCGGGCUUAUUUCUUGAUACGGACACGAGUAUACAUACCUACUUACGUACUUAUAGAUGAAACAUCGUGUAAUUUUCUUCCUUUUAUCAAGUGCAGAUAUGUUUCUGUCCUAACUUUGAUGAUGUAAUAUCAUUCGCAAAAAGAAUUUGGCGUCUUCCUGCUGGGAACUGGUCGGAUUCAGCUGCGCAAUGAGUCUGGUGUGUAUGCGCCACUCAAAAUUGACAGUGUCUGGCCUGUAAGCAGUUCGCCAUAUGGUCU